AAAAACAACCUCGAUUGAAGUAAAAUAUAAAUAACUAGUGGCCACAAACAUGACUGCUGGUGGUAGUUUCAAAAAAUAUUAAUUAUCAUUUAUGAUGUUAUUAAUAAAUAUUGUACAAGUAACAACUGACUCAACUGAGCGGCGUUACGAUUCGAAUGGGUUACUAUCAUUUUCUUUGCCAUGAUAUUUGUGAUGAGCCUGGUGUUGAUUGGCCGCCGCAAUCGGGGUAUCGGACAACACUCGCAGGCGGCUCCUAUGGCCAAGUUUACAGGUUAGUGUAAGUAAAUUUGCAGUCGAAAAAAUCAAGUGAAGUUCUCAACGUUCCUCGCCCUUCGGUGUUUCAGUUAUUUUUAUUAUUUAUAAUUAUUCGUAUUUUUUUUAAAAUUUAUUACGUGCUUGCGUGUGUGUGUGUGUGUGUUUGUUCUGUAGUUAUAAUAAUAAUUAUUUUUUACUUUUAUAACGUGUGUCCUAUUACGCUAUUGUACGCCAUUACUGCUGCCCCGGAUUUGACAUAAUUCAAUUUACCGUAUGAUGAGUUGGAAUUAUAAUAAUGCCAGCCGCAAGCAAUCAAAUAGGUUCUGCUUUGUUUCAGUCUCUUUCUAACAAAGUUACUGAUCGGCGAAUUCAUCAUUCUUCUGUGGCAGACGAUCGUUCUAGCUAUUUAUACAUAGCAUCUAGUAGGAUUUUAGAUAAAAGUAUAGAAUUUGAAAUGUUAGACCAUAAACCAUCAAUGUUAUCUCAAAUGAAAAAUAAUUGUAUCAUGUUACUACAAAAUGGUUGUAGUAAGAAAGAUAUGAUUAAAAAAAAUGAAAGGAUGAAUGGUGAUACCAACAAAAUAUCUCAUUUACCUAAACCCAAAGUAGUGUUAUAUCCUCCAGAACGUGUACAACUAGGAUGGCAAGAUAAAAAAAUGUCAGUUGGUUCUGGAUUAGAUAAUCCUGGUGUAAUAUGUUACAUAAAUUCUACAUUACAAGCACUCUUUCAUAUUCCUGCAUUUACAAAUUGGCUAAUGAAUGAUGAACAACAUCAAAAAACAUGUCAACAAAAAACUGGAUUUCAAAAAGAUUGUAUUGUAUGUAUGGUGUGUAAUACAUUUACUUUAUCUCAAAAACAUACUGGUUCUAGCUUCAAAGCAUCUAUUAUAACCAAUCGUCUAUCUUUAAUAUGUAAACAUUUGUCAACAUAUCGUCAAGAGGAUGCCCAUGAGUUCCUUCGUUACCUUAUUGAAAGCAUGGAACGGUGCUAUUUGUCCGUUUUAGGACAUGCUGCUAAAUCUCUAGACAAUUAUUCUAAAGAAACUACACCAAUUAACCAAAUUUUCGGUGGUUAUAUCCGCACUGAAGUAACGUGUGGUAAAUGUGGACACAUAUCAACUACAUUUCAACAUUUCCAAGAUCUCAUACUUGAUAUUAGGCAAUCUGAUAACGUUAACGACGCUUUAGACAAUUAUUUUGAAAAAGAACCAUUAGAUGAAUCAUAUGUUUGUGAAAGAUGUCGACGACAAGUUGCUGCCGAUAAAAAGUUCUCAAUUGAAAGAGCACCAAACGUUUUAUGCAUUCAGUUGAAAAGGUACAGUGUUGGUAUGGGAGGAUUUAGUGGAAAUAAAAACAGUAAAGCUAUUCAAAUAAAUGAACGAUUAGAUUUAUCUAGUUAUCAAUUUGAUCAUCAUAAUUUAAAAAUUGAUACUCGACCAUUAAGAUACCAUCUGGUAUCAAUGGUAAUUCAUUACGGUUCAAGUUUAAAUAGUGGACACUACACAGCUCUUGGUCUAACACCCUCUGGAUCAUAUUACUAUUUUAAUGAUUCAAAUGUUUAUCAAACAAAUUUCAAAAAUUAUUCAACUAGUAAUGAUUCCUAUAUAAUAUUUUAUGAAUUAGAACCAUCAGGAAACAUGAAUAAUACAAAUGUAGAAAGUAAGACAUCAACUGUAACAUCUACUUCAACUUGUAAACAAUCUAUAAAUGGAUUUUUUUCGAACAAGAGCAAUGGAGUUACAAAACCAUUGAACGGAAUCACAAAACCAUUGAAUGGUUUAAACAAUAUUAAAAAAAAUGUUAUCAAAGACAAAAAGAGUCAAAUAUAUGACAAAUGGGAUUCAAAUAUUAAAAUGUUAAAACAAGGACAAACAAAAGAGAGAUCACUAACUGAGAACACAUGUAAUUCGUAUAAUAAAACAAUAGAAUCUUCAUCCAAUGGAAUCAAAUCGUCCAUAAAUUAUAAUAGUUUAGUACCUUAUAUUGAUUCGGAUAAAGAUGGUAGUGAUGAUGAGAAUAGUUCGUUAUCUGGGGAAGAUAAUAUUUCUUCACCAGUGAUAUUAGGAAAAGUCAAACACUCGACUGACCAAAGAGUUCCUGAUAAAAAGCCCUUGGUUAUGAGACCAAAGGAAGAUCCUUGUGAAGUUGGUACAGAAACACCACCUAAAAAAUGUCUGGUAUUGAAGCCACUAAAUGAUGAUUCUCCUAUCAAUGAACGAGAGAAAGAAAUUCUGCCAGCAAAAAAAUGUUUAGUAUUGAAGCCUAAAGAUGAAGAACCAUUAGAAGUUAAACCUGAAUCUGAACCUGUCAAAAAAUGUUUAGUUCGAAUUCCAAAAGAUGAUAAUGAAUCAAAUAUUUCUAAGCUACCUCAUUCAACAGAAGGAAAAGAUUCAGAAAAAAAAAACCGUAAGCGUGAAAAUGGUAUUUUGGAAUUGGAUAGUAGUAAACCCAAAGCACGUCUUGAUCACAGUUAUAAUGGAACUAAGUCUCCAAUUGAUAGCAAAACAAAUGGAAAAUGUUUAAAUGGAAAUAGUUCUCUUGAUGAUAAACCUUGGAGUAAAUUAUCAAAUGGUAAUAACUAUAAACAUUCAAAUGGAACAAAGAACUGGUCCAAGUUUACAAAUGAAUUUCAAACUAAUGGUAUUAGUAAAUCAAAUGGCAACAAUUUUAAGGAUAGUAUGAAGUCAAGAACACAUUUGGGUUUUGGAGGAGAUGUUAAAACUUGGAAUGGCGAAAAAAGCUUUGUAGACCGAGAAGCUGAACAGGAUAAAAUUAAUGGAAUUAAACGCUCAUUUGAUGAUGAAUACAACGAGGAUUUUGAUAGAGGAGUUGUAAAAAAGAAGAAAUUUGAUAAUAAGAAUCAUCAUACAAAAGAAAAUGGUUCAAAUGCCUUACAAAUGUUACAUAAUCAGCUAAACCAAUUUAAUGGUAAAAAGGGACGAAGUAAAAUCACUUGGAUGAGUCGAACCAAAAAUUACCGGCAAUAUAACAAUGAAUAUCGUUACAAUAACAGUAACGGAAAUGGUAGCGGAGGAUAUAAGAAACCCAGGUAUAAUAAUAAUCGUCGUCAUUGGCAUAAACAACGUUAGACCUUUUGACUUUACUUUUGUGUAUAAAAACAUUUUGUAAAAUGUUGUAAAUUAUAAUAAUAUUUUAGGUUUAAAUAAAAUUUCAAAUGUAAUAAGUUAAAUAUGACAUUAAAAAAAAAAAAAAUUGAAAAAACUAUGAACUUUAUCAGUUUUAAUUAAAAAAUUAAAGUUAAUUAGAAUUUCCAUUGCCAAUUGCCUUGAUUUCAGCUCAGCUGAAGAGAAUAUUCUAGUCUGUAUUUUUAUUUUUGACAAUUGAUUAUCAGGUAAAAUUAUUAUCAGUUAUUUUUUAUAUUUACAUAGAGUUAAUAAUAUUAUUCUUAAUAUUUAUAGCUGUUCUAAAAAUUUGACAAAUAAUUAACUAUUUUUGCAGUAUGUCUCAAAAUUUAAUUUCAAUUUUUUAGAUAAUACAGAACUCAUUAUUUUUUAUUAAUUAAAUAGUUAUAUAGAGCUUAUUUUUAAGUACAUUUUUUAUAUUAUGGAAAAUUGUACAUUAUUACAUUUCUUCUAUGAGACCAUUUAUUUUUAUUCUAUGAAUGUACACUAUUUAUCUUAAUUUUUAUUUUAGUUAGUGUGUUUUCUAUUUACAAAAUACUAUUUUUAUUUUACCCAUAUCUAAGUAAAUAUUUAAACUAAAAAUUUUAUUUUAUUUGUGUAAAGUAAAUAGUUUUUUUUUUAAGAUUAUUGGAUUUUAUUGGAUUUUAUUAGUUUUUUUUUUUUUAACCGUCAUUUGUUCAAUUUAAUUUUUAAUAAAAGAGAGCAAUUAACUUAGAUAAUUUUUUGUAUGAUAAUGAUAAUUAUUUUUAUAAAAUUUAUUUACUUAAUAAAUUAUGUAUUCAUUUAGGGUGGGAUGGGAUUUAGAUUAGUUAUUACAUAUAAAAUAUUAUUUUCCAUUUUUCCUGUUUAAGUUUAGAAAAUAAAAAAAGUUUUUUCAACUGUAUUUGGAUGCUGAAAAUGUUAGCAAUGGUCAAUUCCCUCAAAUAGUCCCUUCUUAGCCACUUAACAUUCAAUUACCAUCUCGUGAUUCGUAGAAUAAAAUUGUUUGCACGCGUUGUUAGUAUGACUACUUGUAAUUUUUUUUAAAUUUCUAAGUUUAUAGGCUCUACUGAAGCGCCUGUUGUUAUAACAAUGUUUGUACUCCGAUUUUCAUGGUCGGUUCCUAACUUCAGAACAUCCAGACUACAGUGUUGUUGUUGCUAUUAUUAUUACCAUUAUAUAUAUAUAUAUGUUUACAAUCAAUAGGUUAUUAACAAAGUAAAUAUUUUGUUUUUAACCUCUGAAUAGUAAAAAUUUUGAUUUUUCUUGUAUAUAAACUGUAAUUAAAUUUAUAAAAAUACUAUGCGUUUACAAUAUUACUUUUGUUGAAAUCUUAAACAAUAAUUUCACUUAUAUCUCAAAACAUUUAUAUGUAUAUCAAUAUAAUACUUAUAAUAUAAUAUAUAUAUAUACAUACAUAUUUAAAUAUAUUCAUCACAUUUUAUUGAUGUAUUAUACUUUAUAAUGUAGUGAUUUUAAUGAUAAAACACUUUGGUACUGUUAUUCUAUACGCAAUGUAAACUUGAAUAUAAAAUUAUCUAAAAUAUGUAAAUAAAUGUAUAUGUGUAUUGUGUACCUAUCAUUUGUAAAAAUUGAAUUGUAUUGCUUAAAAAAUGUUUUUUUUUUAAUGUAUAUUUAGAUAGACAAAUAUUGUAAAAUGACUAUUAUGUGCGAUUAAAUUUGAAGUAUAAAAAAAAAACAAAUAAAGAAUUACAUAAUAUGUCAAUUUGAAUUUACACAUAAUCCAUUUUAGAUUUUAAGUGGAGCUAUGAAUGAUGUACAAUGUACACGAUAAGUAUUCGAUCAAAUUCUUCAACUUUGUGAGUAGUUUUGGAGAGUAAAUUGGUUCUAGUUAAUACUUAAAAGAAGUUAAAGUAAAAAUUUUGCAGUAUUUUUUUCUAGCCUGGGAAAUAAAAAAAAAAAUCAACGAAAAUAGGAAUUUUUACUCAAAUUUAAUUUUUGACAAAAUCUUUGUAUGUUUUUUUUAUAAUUGUCAAUUAAAAAUUAUUUGUUUGGUAGAAAUGCUCUAAAA